AUGGCCCCUCCGCAAGAUGACUCUGAUAUAGGGUCGAGAAUCGUCUUCAUGAUCAACCUCGGCAUGAAGGUCCGCAACAUUGGAAUCGACGUCUGUCCCAAAAUGCCAGUCAACGAACUCAUCCGCGAGAAAACUCUGGCAUUCUGUCAAGGUAUCGUCGCUGAAAUUUUUGAAGCCGCGGGAGUCCGCAAAGACCAGGCUCGCCAGUGCUGGGACGAAAUGGUAAACCGAGUCAUGAACGGCGGUUUUCUCAAAGCCACAACCCUUGCCAACUACGGCGGGUGGAAGUCCCUACACGUCCAUAUCGAGGAGACCUUAGCUCUACAAGCUAAGACAGACAACAUCGUUUGUAUGCCAGCAUCUCUCCUUGCUUCUGCCAUUGCUGCCAUAGCUUUCCGAAAACUCCGACCUCGCAGUGGCAAGGCGUCAAAAGCACAUAGGGAUUUCACCAGGAUGUUCGGUGACAUGAACAUCAUCCAGUGGUUGCCCAUUGCUAUCCGUGUCUGGGAGAGGACCGAAGGCCGUCCUUUCAUCAUCGAGCUUGGUCAAGAAGGAAUUGAGCCUGUGAUUCGCCUGGAAACCCGGGAGGGACAACCGGUGUGGAUUGUCAAAACGCGACGACAAGCCCCCAACAUUUACGAAAACGUGUUUCGCGACGCGAUCGACACCGACACCCGAGAUGAGGAAGACAAAAGCUUUAUGGCUGUUCCUUCUAAUGUUUGUGACCGGCCUCUACCAUCUGUCGAGAACGACGAACGAACCCCUUCGAAGUCAACGCUCCCGAGCACCCCAGAUUCGAGAAUUGACAACGACACAAUCCGAGAGUACGCUCGCGAAAUGAAAAAGCUUGGGAAACGACUCUCGAGCCAGGAACGCGCGACUGUGAAGCGUCUGCGUAGGGGAAUCAGCGAGUUCGCAGAUCAUGCCGACAAAAAGGAUCAAGACAUGAUGUCGGAAAGAAAUGUCAAAGAGUCCGAGCGCAAGUUCAAGUCUGGCAGGAAGAGUAUGAAAACAACUGUUCCGAAAGCCAAAAAGCCCUUUGACGUGUACGGACAUUACAAGGCUCUCUAG